GCGGAAAUCUGUUGCAUGUGAGAAGAAUGAAUUGGAAAACAUGAAUACAAAAUAUGUUGCGCCCGGUUAUGGUGGCCAAAGGGAUAUAAUGAAUAAUGAUGCAGCCACAGGCGGGUGGUUUGAUAAUUUUCCAUGGAUGUUGUGCUCCGUUGUCUGUAUUUGAAAUAUCUAACUCCGGUGGUGAAACGAAACUUUUGAAAAAGAGUCUUCUAUUAUGUAUUUAUGUUACUACUUCCAUGCUAAAAAAAUGUGGAGAAAUAUUUUACCAAAGCAAAUUUUCUGUUCAUCAUGUUUUUCAAAUCAUCCAAGAAAGCCAAUGGCUAGUAAAAUGUAUAGUGUAUAUAAGAAUCAUCACCAAAGAUUUCAUCUCUUAUUAGUGAAUCGAAAUUUUCUUAUUAGAGGAAGAUAUUUUUCAUCAGUAAAAACAACGAAAGAUGAUGAGAAAGGUGGAAGUAAAACGCGGAACUUCAUUCAAAGUGACAACCAAACUGUGAUGGAAAAAUUUGUCUGUGCAAUGCCUAAAGGUAUUCAGCCGUACUUGAAGUUAAUGCGAAUUGAUAAACCCAUAGGAACAUGGCUACUACUCUGGCCCUGUUUUUGGAGUUUGUCAAUGGCUUCAGCUCCUGGGUGUUUGCCAGACCCAGCACUUCUGGCCUUAUUUGGAAGUGGGGCAUUGCUUAUGAGGGGAGCUGGUUGUACAAUUAAUGAUAUGUGGGAUAAAAAUAUUGAUAGUAAGGUUGAGAGGACAAAAUUGAGGCCUUUAGCUGCUGGAGAGAUUAAAAUGAUAGAUGCAUGGAUGUUCCUAGGCGGUCAGUUAUCAUUGGCACUUUUAAUUCUUCUUGAGCUGAAUUGGUAUAGCAUAGUUCUUGGUGCUAGUUCCUUGUCAUUAGUCAUUUCAUAUCCUUUAAUCAAAAGGGUUAGCUAUUGGCCUCAACUAAUGUUAGGGCUGACUUUCAAUUGGGGAGCUAUGCUUGGAUGGUCUGCAGUCCAGGGCUCAUGUCAGUGGUCAACUGUUCUCCCUUUGUAUAUGGCUGGUGUGUGUUGGACUAUGAUCUAUGAUACCAUAUAUGCUCAUCAGGAUAAAGUAGAUGACGUUAUAGUCAAAAUUAAGUCUACAGCUUUAAAAUUUGGUGAAAAUACCAAGCAAUAUUUAGGAAUGUUUUCAGCAUCCAUGAUUACAUUCUUAACCAUAGCUGGAUACACAUCUGGACAGACUUGGCCUUAUUAUUCUUCUGUAGGACUGACUGCUGCAAUGCUUACUUCACAGAUUGUGUCAUUGAAUAUUCAUGAUCCAAAAAAUUGUUGGGAAACUUUCAAAUCAAAUCACAGAAUAGGACUCAUAUUGUUCAUCGGAAUUGCCGGAGGAAGUUUGUUAAAGAAUAAAAACUCAUUAAAAAGUAAAUUACAUCAAGACCCAAUAAGAUUGCAGGAAACUAAUAUUUUAUCUGCAUGUGAUGCAGAAAAUGCUCUAUCUUUAAACAAAGUUUUUUCUUGAUAUUUAUUUUCUGCCAAAUAGUGAAACUUGUAUUUAUUUGUAUAAUUAAUGUAAUUAUAAACAGUAUGUAUGAAAUCUAUUAGCUACUUGUAUUAUUUUGUAUUAUAUAAUGAAUUGUUCCAAUUAAAGCUUUAAA